AUGAGAGAUUGUCUGAAAGGCCGAUCGCUUGUUGAGCGUAUUUUUGUCUCUUUCUCCAGCAAAGCAAAUGAACCAAUGAACAAAAGAGACAAACCAAAAACAGCUGUUCUUGACGAGUUGGAGGUUGAUGGGGACACAAAUGAUUUGAUCAGUUUCAUCUCCACAAAUAAGAAAGUAUGCCUGGUGGCGAUUGAUCACGCUGGAUUAACUACCAACUGCGAAGAUCUCAGAGAUUUCCUUGAAAAAAAUGAAAAUCUGGCAAUGAUAAUAAUUGAUAACCUGCCUUUUAAUAACAAGGUCCACAUCUACGAAAGAGGGGAGUUGUUGCUUAAUAACUCGAAACUUCUUCAAAAUUUUAACUGUAGAAAUAGACCUCAACAAAGGUCGAAAAAAUAA